UUCUGGUUCUGCUCCCCCCUGCUGCUAUUCUGUUCCAUGAGGGGCAAGGCAAGGUGUAGGACAACUGCCUUUGACUGGAAGCUGAUUGAUGCCAAGACCUGGGAGGUGGGUGAAGAGAGGGCUUCAAGCUCUAGGCCCUCAGCUGGCAUCAUUUUGUGCAAUCCGUGGAGCUGACCUGCACCAGCUGCAAACCUGGCCCGAGUCCGUCCCUCUUACUUCAGAAGAAACCUUUCAGCAUGCGAGUGUGUGAAACUGAGACUCUUCUAUAGAGAAACCCUCUUUCAGAGAUGCAAAGUCUCAGCCACUGCAUGGCCAGACACAGAGAUGGGGCCCACUUCUGCAAAUUCGCUUACGUGGAAAUUGGAAGAAGUAACUGCAGCCCAGACAGGUUUAGCCAAGCCAAUGGGACUAGUUGAAGGUCCAGGAGGCCUGGGCCAGGGAGGAAUGGCUGCUACUCUGAGAGAUGACAGUCAUGAGUCUGAGACUAAGUAUGAAGAAUAUGGUUACAAUGCCCAGCUUAGUGACCGGAUAUCCCUGGACAGGUCCAUUCCUGACUACAGACCAAAAAAGUGCAAGCAGAUGACCUACCCUGAUGACCUGCCCCAGAUUUCGGUGGUGUUUAUUUUUGUAAACGAGGCACUGUCUGUCAUCUUGCGCUCUGUGCACAGUGUUGUGAACCAUACUCCAUCCCAUUUGCUCAAGGAGAUCAUUCUGGUGGAUGACAACAGUGAUAACGUUGAGCUGAAGUUUAAUCUGGAUCAGUAUGUCAAUAAGAGAUACCCAGGCCUGGUGAAAAUAGUGCGUAACAACAAACGGGAAGGAUUGAUUAGAGCCAGAAUCCAAGGCUGGAAAGCGGCAACCGCUCCCGUUGUUGGUUUCUUCGAUGCUCAUGUUGAGUUCAACACUGGCUGGGUGGAGCCAGCACUUACCCGGAUCAAAGAAGACCGAAAGCGGAUCAUCCUCCCAGCUAUUGAUAAUAUCAAGUACAACACAUUCGAAGUGCAGCAAUAUGCCAAUGCAGCCCACGGUUAUAACUGGGGACUCUGGUGCAUGUAUAUAAUCCCUCCCCAGGACUGGCUUGAUAAAGGGGAUGAGUCUGCUCCCAUCAGGACCCCAGCAAUGAUUGGGUGUUCGUUUGUGGUGAACCGGGAGUACUUUGGUGAGAUUGGUCUGCUUGACCCUGGAAUGGAAGUCUACGGGGGAGAAAAUAUUGAACUGGGCAUGCGGGUCUGGCAGUGCGGAGGAAGCAUGGAAGUCUUACCUUGCUCUAGAGUGGCUCACAUUGAACGCACAAAGAAACCUUACAACAAUGACAUUGACUACUAUGCAAAGCGCAAUGCCUUGCGAGCUGCUGAGGUCUGGAUGGAUGACUUCAAGUCACACGUUUACAUGGCAUGGAACAUCCCAAUGACGAACCCAGGAGUUGACUUUGGAGAUGUUUCAGAAAGAAUAGCUCUACGGCAGCGACUGCAAUGCCGGAGUUUUAAGUGGUACUUGGAGAAUGUUUAUCCUGAAAUGAGGAUUUACAAUAAUACAAUCACUUAUGGAGAGGUUCGUAACAGCAAAGCUAGCGGCUACUGCUUAGACCAAGGAGCAGAAGAUGAUGACAAAGCAAUCCUCUAUCCGUGCCAUGGAAUGUCCUCCCAGCUCGUUCGCUACAGCUCCGAAGGGCUCCUGCAGUUAGGGCCUCUGGGCUCCACCGCCUUUCUUCCAGACUCUAAAUGUCUCAUUGACGAUGGGAAAGGCAGGACCCCUACUCUGAAGAAAUGUGAAGACAUUUUGAGGGCUUCACAAAGACUCUGGGAUUUUACACAGAAUGGCCCAAUCAUCAGCAGAGACACUGGACGGUGUCUUGAAGUGGAAAUGUCAAAGGAUGCCAACUUUGGGCUUAGACUCGUGGUACAAAGGUGCUCGGGGCAAAAGUGGAUGAUUAGAAACUGGAUAAAACAUGGUCGGCAUUGACCACUGGAGCUGAGAAGUUGCCACCUCAACUUAUUCAUUGCUCUGUGUGCCAUACCCUCCAAGGCGCUUUUGUUAAAGCAGACUACUGUGAGAAGGAGUUGACUCCCCAGAGUCGUGGACUAUUAGGCACUGAUUCACAAACAGAUGCAGGUGCCCCGUCUCAUAUCUGUAGGUGCCCUUGAAAGCCUCAAGUGAACUUUGAUUUGAUGUGGAAAUUUGGGAAUGAUCAAAAGAGAAUAGAGGAAUGGGCUCCUUGCAGCUCCCCCAGAAGGAUUAAGAGGCACCUGUGUGUGCAGCGAGUUCGAAGGGGAGAUCCCCAUCCUGUACUGCCUCAUUGAAGAGAACCCUUUGAUGAGUAGCUUUUUAGCUUUAAGUUAUUGACUGGUGCACAACUUCUAUGGUGAAAAAUCAUGUGCCUUUUCUACUGUACUUCCUAUACAAGUUGACUGGGAAACCCCAUCUUUUCAGCAUGUCUGAUUCAUUGUACUAAAGAACAAAACCUGUAAAUAAAUAACACUACGAAAUAUAAUAUACUGUACAUUUCAAAGGUGGUUACCUGGGAGUCUCUCUCUCUCUUCUAGCAAGAGCCAGUUCUGCAUAUGGUUACAAGAGGUUCCCAAACGUCAGUCUGCUCAAAAGCAGCAUCUUAGGGGGAUACCUUCGUGUUAGGCACAGGUAAAUGUCAAAAAGUUAACACAGCCCCAUUCUCCAUUUCAUUGUCACCUUUGGGUCUUUCGACCGUCAAAGAAAUCACAAUACAGAACCCGCUCAUUGAUCUCUUUACAGGCAGUUGAGGCGAUAUGGUUUGGCUGUAUAGGAUGUCCCCUUGGCCCAUACUGUCUGAGAGCAUUUACACUGUAAGAUGCUAAGCCUGGAAUAUGCUGUGUGCAGACAGAUGUACCUUUGUAACCACUAGGAGCAUCAUGGAAAGCAGUGGGACCUGUGGAGUACUCACCACUUCUGAAGUUAAGGCCGCUUGUUUAGGCACUUAAUAUGGAUGCGGGGCCCUAAGGAAGCUUUGCAUCCUCUUUAUACAACAUGGCAGUGUGUGGCAUGCCACUGAUCACAAGGACAUGUUUACUGGCCUAACCAGGUCUCCCGAAUAACUCACCCUGAGCCUUUCCUGGCUUGAGAAAAGCCACAAAUAAUAAAUAAAUAACUAAAUCAUCCCCAGGUCCUCCUAGAUUAGAACAAGAAAGGAUCAGCAAACUUAAGAAGUAACCUUUUUAUUAAUG